GGGACAGUAGGUGCAUAGAGUAGAGAUAUACCACUUGUAUAUUAUUGUAUCUCUUCUCUAUGAGUAGGUGUAUACAGUAAACAAACAUGAACAAGAUGUAAAGCGUUGGUGGGCGUUGUUAGCAUAUUUGAUAUGAAAAUAUACUCUCAUUGAUAGGUUUAAUGUGCCUGGUCUUUGGAAGAAUUGUCCCACAGCUUCGUUCUGUUCACGGAGUGUGCUUGAGAAAUUCCCUGUAUAAUUUGCUAGAAAUAUAAAUUGUGAAAACCUUCUGGCGAGUUAUUGUGAUUUUUGAAGUUUGUGAUAACUUUAUAUAGUUUUUUUUUGUCGAAAUAUAAACUUUUACAGUAUUUCAUUAAUUUAAGAAUGACUGAAAUAUUAUUUGUAUAAUUUGAUAAUAUACAAGAGAUCUUAUUCCUAGCUGUGUGUUUGACAGAAUUAAUUCUUUUUAUCUCUUGAGGCAUUAUAAUUGACAGUAUUGAAGUGAAUACAAUUUUGUAAAGCUGUCCUAUCCAAAAGCAGACAAGUAUACAGAAAACUCAAGAGAAAAAAAUCAGCAAACAUUAAAUCUUAAUGUAGAAUGAUCUACUGAAAACUUUGUUUUAAACAAUGUAUUAUUACCACAUGAAAUCGAAAUCGAUAUUUUUAACAAUCAAGCCUUUAAGAUUAACAGGAUAAAUUUGUAAAUCCUCAAUGAUUUUACGACAUUUAAGGGACCAAUGCAAAACAUCAACACAGUACAGAAAAUUCUCUUCCAUUGCUAUUCAAUAUGAGCAACAGAAUGUGUCAAAAGCUGUGCAAUAUGAACAUGAGUGUUUGUCACGUGGAACACAGUGCAAUAUCACAACUGAAUCAAGAGGUAUACAAUGUUCGUUAGACAAUACACGUGUACUUUUUGAAAAUUAUAAUUCACAAUCUAAUAGCCUCCAGUACAUUUCCAAAAGCACUCAGUGGUCUUCUGAUGACACAUCCAUAAGUACUAGUUCUCAGUCUUGUGAUGACCACACUAAGGGGAAUAGUUCAACAAAUAAUUCAAAAUAUACCACUAGAAGUUACCUACAAAGUAAAUCAAAUGAAUUUCCAAAAGAAGAUGCGACCUCUACUCUACAUAUGCAUUCGUUAAAUUUGGAAGGUUCCCAGAUGAUUGGAAAAGAUUUUAAUACAAAGCAAACACGAAGAUUAAAAUCUGGGAAGAAGAAUCUUUCCGCAUCAAUCUUGUUUGGUUCAAUCAUAAGGCAAAGAAAAAAUACCUAUGCCUCAAGUACCACAUCUGGCAUUACAGAAAUGUUUAGUUCUCGGUCUGGUUUAGAGUCUGUAGAAGACAAUGCAGUAUCAGUUGACCUUCCUGUGCAAGCAGUAAAACCAAAGAAGAAACAUUUGUGGUCAGGUAAUGACUCUGUGAUUUCGAUCUCUGCAAGUGAAUGUUCUUUAGAUUUUUCUGAGUUAUACCCUGAAACCCAGAAAACCUUUCCAAAAUGUAAGUGGAAAAGUAGCAGAACAUUAUCUAUUCAACCUAGAAGUAAAUACACUUAUGAUGAAGAACUGACUAUUAUUGAGUAUAUAUCAGAAAAAAAAGUGUAUAAACAGGUGGGAGGUGUAGCCAUGUGGCAGUGUAUGGAAACGGAAAUAAAAACCAAUAGAACUUGGCAAAGUUUAAAAGAACAUUUUCGGAAAAAAAUUCUUCCAAAUAUAGAUGAAUUUAAUCUUCCAAAGAAAGUGGAGGAAUCAUUUCAUAGAAUAAACAUGAGGUAGAACUAAUUUAAUUACGAGAUGUAUAUGCCUUUCGUCAGAGAAAAGUAGACUGAAUCAGAAUUAUCGAAAUAACAAGUUUUUGUUUCUAUUUUGCAAAAAAUUGUGGGCUUUUUACUGAAAAUAUAUGUAAUGUAUCAAUAAAAUUAUUAUGUUUGUGUAUUUUUAUUGGAAAUGUAAUCAAAUGUCAGUAAUGUGUCAAUGAAAUGAAUUUUUCAGAAAGUAAAGAAAGUCGUGCAAAUCUGUCAAUGCUGCAACAUUUUUUUUCCUCCAAAAUUUAUGACAAACUUCUUUGUAUGUUAUAGACUUAUACAUUUUCUUUGUAAAUUUAAACUAGAACGUGUGUGUGUGCCUAAAACCCACACACACUUUUUUCCUUCACAAUAUUAUUAAACUCAAUAUUUCACUGGGAAAGAUAGUAUUUGUUGUGAACCAAUGAGCGUUAUUUAAUCUUAAAUACAAUUCUUAGAAUAUUCCACUUAGUACAUGGCUUGUGCUGCUUUGAGUGCUCAAAGAGCCUGCCACCACAACAAAGAAUUCAUGAAAGAUUUGAACCACUUCAAGGUUGCGCUUGUCAGUCAGUCAAGAAGGAUGCAUAAUUUUCCUAAAGAGAAUUGGAGCAUUUGUAUGUAUAGGAGAAUUCCGUGCCAAGAGAUUUUGGUGAUGUGGAUAGCAGCUGAAUACCCCUAGAUCCUUAAUCAAAGUAGUCACACAUGCACAGUGCUGUAAGUAAUAUGAUUUAAUUUGAUUUUUUUCCCAGAAAACUUUUUCAUCAUUACAGAUAUUGACUAUGUAAUACAAAAGUAUGUCUCAGAUGACGGUUUCAGCAUGUUUAUUAGUUUGUAGUAGAAUACCUUCAAUUCUUCAUGCAAGCUUGCUGCUAAAAAGAUUUUUCUCUUUUGCCAGAGGCUGGAUUAAUGUAUUAUGGGACCCGUUAAUAUAAUUAAAAUAAACAAUAUUUGAAAUUUAAAAAUUAUAAUUAAAAGUUUGAAUAUUUAUAUAUGUUAACUAAAUAAUAAAACAAAGAAAGCUGUACCUAUUUAAAAAUUAUUGGAAGUCCCUAGGCAUGUGCUUCUACUUUGAUACACUUCUACUUAUAUAACUGAAAGUGACUUUGGGGGGGGG